AUGGCAAUGGUUCUUUUUCAAAAAGCUCCAUUGUCAUUUUUCAUAGUUUCAUUUUUCCUUGUUAGUGUUAAAACUACUACUACUACUACUACUACAUCGGCUUGCUCUGAUGGACAAUGCAAGCUAGGAGAGACAUGCUCUUCUGAUGGAGAUUGUGCAGCUGGGCUAUACUGUUUUUCUUGUGGUGUGGAAUUUCAGGGUUCAAGAUGUGCAAGAUCAACCAUCACUGACCAAUUCAAGCUUCUGAACAAUUCUUUGCCUUUCAACAAAUAUGCAUUUUUGACCACCCAUAAUUCUUUUGCCAUUAGUGGAGAACCCUCUCAUACAGGAGUUCCUCGAAUUACUUUUCCAUGUCAAGAUGACAACAUAACACAACAACUAAAUAAUGGUGUUCGCGCCUUAAUGUUGGACACAUAUGACUUCAAAGGAGACAUAUGGCUGUGCCAUUCAUUUAAAGGAAAAUGCCAUGACUACACAGCAUAUGAACCAGCUAUAGGUACUUUGAAGGAAGUAGGGGCUUUCUUAUCAGCAAAUCCAUCAGAAAUUGUGACACUAAUUUUAGAAGACUAUGUGGAAACCCCAAAUGGAUUAACAAAAGUUUUCAAUGAUUCUGGUUUGAUGAAAUACUGGUUUCCUGUUUCAAAUAUGCCUCAAAACGGUCAGGAUUGGCCGUUAGUCAAAGACAUGGUUGCUAAUAAUCAUAGGCUUAUUGUCUUCACUUCAAAGAGACAGAAACAAGAAAGUGAAGGCAUAGCUUAUCAAUGGAACUACAUGGUUGAGAAUCAAUAUGGAAAUGAUGGAAUGCAUUCGGGGAGCUGUUUUAACCGUGGGGAGUCAGCAUCACUCAAUGACAAAACUAAAUCUUUGGUUCUGGUAAACUACUUUAGGAGUGUUCCAAUCAAGCAAAUGUCAUGUAUGGAUAAUUCACAAGACCUCAUUGACAUGCUUGAUACAUGUUAUAAUGCUUCUGGUAAUCGAUGGUCGAACUUUGUUGCUGUCGAUUACUACAAGAGAAGUGAUGGAGGAGGAGCAUUUCAAGCUGUAGACAGAUUGAAUGGGAAGCUGUUGUGUAACUGUGGUGAUUUACGUGCCUGUGUGCCCGGAUCAACAUCACAAAUAUGCACUCCUUAG